AUGUUGGUUGGAAACUCUGAAAAUGGUGGUGAUACUGGCGAUUACGAAGUUGCUCAUGGACCCGAAUUUUGGGAAUGGGAAGAGGGCAGAUGGAACACUUGGGAAACCCAUGCUUGUGAUAAACGCUUAUGUGUUGCUCUCAAGAGUCAUCCUAUACUAUCACUUGGACUAGGUCACGAUGGAGAUGAGAAUAGAUCUGCAAGUUUCUUGUCAACAUCCCAUUUGGUGCCCUGGCGUGAUCCCAGUUUGAUAAAGAAGAGGACUGUUCCGUCGACUGUAUUUGUCAUUCUAGCUUCUGUAUCUGUUAGUCGUCAAUCAAGAACGGGUUGGAUGAUGUUUCCGUCAUGCCCAUCAGCAUGA